AUGGGAACUCCUGCGUCUCUGGCGUUCGCUGAGUUCUCCUGUGGCUCGCCCUCUCCCUCGUUGUAUGCUUCUUCACUGCAAGUUCCGGUGCCGGUCUCCUCUCCUUCGGCAGCCGCGUCUCCGCUCGCUGGUCACGCUCUCUGGGCAGGCUCGGGCGUGAACCCGACCACCGCUCAACCGCGAUCUCGACGUGUCUCAGAGCGUGCUCACUUACGGUCUUUAUCGAGUGUGUCUCCCGGUGCUUCUUCGCCGGCUUUUUCUGGCUUCUUUCUCCAGUCGCUCUCCUCGGCCUUCGCUGUGGAGCUGUCGCCGGCGCUCGGACUCUCUCUUCACCCUCUCAGGCGGCGCGCCGACAGCUCGCGCGCCGCCUCGCCCUUCGACGCGGCCUCUUCUGAACGAGGCAGCGAUGAGGACAGCGGAGAAAACCGCGACGAAUGCGCAUUCUCGCGUGAAGAAGGGGCGGAAGAAGAGACGCCUGGCUCUGACCAGGUGAGAGGGACCGGAGGCGCACGCGACACACUCCGCUUCGGCGUCGAUCCCGAACAGCCGAGCGAGAGAGUCAGGCAACAACACGAGAGCAUCGAGGACGACGACGCGAUUCUCCCGGCGAUAGACCUGAGAGGUGACAGCUCAGCGGAGGACGUCGACGACGAGGAGAUCGAAAACGAGGAAGGUGCCGCUGCCGGCAAGCGGCCACGAUCAUUCAAAGAGAAACGCAGAGAGGCGCAGCGGCGACGAACUGCCUACCUGCGGCGAGGAAGGCGGUACGGCGCCUCCGCCCCGGAGAUUGCUGGCAAAGACAGCGAACGCGUCGACCAAGCCUAUAUAGAGGAGCUGGCGGGGUACUUGCCGGUCGAAGUUCACCGCAGAGACAACGCGACGGUGCUGAUUGAAGCCGACAUCCCUGGCCACGUCACGCAGAGAGUUCACGAGCUGACCAUUACGCAUCUGCGCACGACGCUCCGCGUGCCGGGGUACCGCAGCGGCCUAGCGGAGGUGCCCUUGUCAAUGCUGCAGUACUACGCGGGGGGGACAGACGCCGUGAAGCAGCGAGCCAUUCAGGCUCUAGGCGAUCUCCUCCUUCACCAAGCGACGAAGAAGGGCGCCAAGAUGAUUGGCACUCCGCAGUUCGUGGAGAAGGACACCGAGCUGGUCGCGCACUUCACGCCCGGCAAGGCCAUGAAACUUCAAAUUCGGUGCGACACCCUGCCGACUGUGAAGUUCAAGGAGAACUACAAAGGUCUCAAGCUGCGCGUGCCGCGGCCGCCGUAUCCGAAGGGCUUGCUCUUCCAAAAGGCUGAAGAGAUCCUGAAGAAACGGCACGCGGCGCAGGUGGACUUUCCGAACCAGGACACGCGGCGCGCCCGCAUGGGUGACGCCGUGGAAAUCGAGGUGACGCGCGGUUGGUUCGAGAAAAGCGACGAGACACGUGGAGACGCGAUACCAACGCACCUCAUCGCCGGAAACGUUACAGUGAUCCUCGACAAGGAAUGCAACCCAGAGGGAGGCGCCGAGCUCGUCGACGGUCUUCUGGGAAUUCGGAAGGGCGACACACGCGAAGUUCGCGUUCCCCUGCCAUUUUCUGUUAAAGAAAUGAAGCCUUUCGUGGGCGCGCCCCAUGUGAGCACGACGGCCUCGACGCCGCCCUCGCGCCCGUCUCCGCGCGUCUCCGCCACCGGCUUCCUCGAGACCGAGGGGACUGCGGGCGCACGAGAGGCUGACGGGGCUGAGGACCUCUCUGCGGUCGACGCUCUCGCACGGGAGGCAGGAGUAAAGUGCGGCAUCGAUGUCACAGAUGAAACGCGCCAACACAUUCUUGAUGACGACGAAGAGCGCCUGGUGCAGACCACUCUCCACGUCAAGUGCCUCGCUGUGAAGCAGCGAGUCCCGCGCGAACUUGACGAUGAAUUCUACAAAACUGUCUGCAACGAGAGCAGAGAACAAGUUAGACAGCGCCUGGAGGCCACUGGCGACGAGCUGGUGGAGGCGGCUAGCGUGAAGGCGCGGCGCGGCGCAGUCGCUUCUGCGCUCGACGACAUAACGACGAUUGAUGCCCCGAACACGUUGAUCGAAGAGCAGGCGCGGCUGACGUACAAACAGCAACUGCUGUCAACGGAGAUGGAGGGGCACGACAUUACCGGUUUGGAUACGGAGGAGAAGUAUCAGGAAUGGAAGAGCAAGAAUUUGCCUGUCGUCGUUAAACUUUUGAAAACUGCAUUCACAAUCAAGGCGAUUUUGAAGAAUGAGAAUCUCCAGGUUGACCGAGCCAAACUGAUGCAGUCCGUGGAGGCGACUUUGAUGAAGUGUCCUGGCCAGAAGCCCGAGACGGUGACAGAGAGGACGCUGAAUCUGAUGGAGUCGCAGCUCGCGUACGACUUCGUCGCUGACCACGCAGAGAUCACGUACUACGUCGAGGAGAAGCCGGUGACCGCCAGUGUAGUUCAUAAAUCGGCUGACGGGCAGAUUUCCUACGGGAUGAAGGCCUAUCCUGCAGGAGCCGAUGUUGACCGCUACCAGAAGCGCCGCCAAGAGCUGGUGGACGAAAACGAGAAAAUGAAGGACCUGACGUCGAAGUUCUUCAUGGAACCGGGCGGCAAGAAGCGGCCGCCUCCCCUCAAGCCGGAGGACGGGGACGAUGAGAGCUGA